GCGAGGAAUGAGGCGGUGUGCUGGAUGUGCCGGAUGAGGGAGGAGGUGGAGGGAACGGGACGAUGGUGGAGGUUGAAGGGUUGGUGGAUGUGGUGGUAGAGGUGGUAGAGGUGGUAGGAGUGGAGGAGGUCGGCGGGGGGGUGUUGCUGGAGGCGGCUGUGAAGGAGGGAGCGGUUUGCGCUGUGGAGGAGGGAGUGGUUUGCGCUGUGGAGGAGGGAGUGGUUUGCGCGGUGGUGACGACCGUGAUGGAGGGGAUGGUCCCUUCGAUCGUGGUGACGCGGUCGCAUAUGGACGACAUGUUGGCCUUUAUGUCGUCGAGAGAGGCGGUGACGGAGGUUCAGAGGGUAUUGGUGAUGAUGACAUCAACCGCAGGAGAGCAUACAUUCAACCCAUCCUUGCAGAUCGUGGCGUUCAAAGCACACUUUCUGCAAAUGGAGCGGACCAGGAAUCCUACGUGUCAGUGGUCUAUCCUAACUCUGCGCAAACAUGACGUCAACAUGAAUCGACCAUGGCUAGAUCUAUAUGGGAUGCGUGUACCGCCGACAUCAGAUUUUGCUUCUUUGACGCAGCGGCAAGACAAGUCACUUAUCCACAAAAUGCUUCCAGAUGAGGUCCUCUAUGAGGUUUUUGCUUGCGCAAGUCCGUAUACUCUAGGCCGAUGCGCAUGUGUUUGUCGGAAGUGGAGAUAUCUGACACGCAAUCCCAACUUGUGGCGCAAUCAUUGCGUGAAGACAUGGCGGAAUGAGGGUUUGCCAGAUAAUCGUCGGCUGCUGGAGCACUACUACCACGGAUCGUGGCGAAUCAUGUGGCAACUACGCCCAAGACUGCGAACUGAUGGUCAGCUAUAUCAUUUCCUGCUUGUGAUAAUGGUGACGUAUUUGUCAAGUGAUGAUGAUGAUGAUGAUGAUGAUGAUGAUGAUGAUGAUGAUGAUGUGAUUGAUUAUGUGUGUUAUUAUCGGUAUCUGCGCUUUUAUGCAAAUGGCAAGUUUCUCUACAAGGUAUCGCCACGUUGCCUCUCCAGGGUGGCCAAGAUGAUGGAAGGAAGAGGGUCGAAAGAAAAUGGGGUCUUUGCAGGCCGCUUCACACUGACCAAUGACAGGGUUGAGGCAGCCAUUCUGUACCCUGGACUGUGGCCAACGGUCCUCAGAAUUCGCCUCAGGCUUCGGGGCACACGACCAGGAGCGAACAACAGGCUGGACACCCUAUCUCUUGUGACAUGUGGCGUUGACGAGGCAGAAGUGGCCGAAGGAGAUGGAGAUGCGGUCCUGGACACUGUUGCGGGCUGGGAAGAAGAGGAGACACACAACACAGAUGUGCCAGCUGUCCAUCAUAACACCAGUGUGUCUACAUUUGUGUUUGUUCCGUUUGAGGAGGUGGAGACAUCAGAGCUCAAUUUUCCUGUGGAAAGAAUGGACUUCUUUGUGCCAGGUUAGGAUCCAGGCUUGGAAAGAGUUGAAAGCGCAGCAGAUCGAUCGAUGACCGCAGUGAUGGUUAUGGGAUAGUUCAUGUGUGAUACCAUGCGGCACCACAAUUUAUGGGAAAAAAUAUCUGAAAGUGUGAAAAAAUUAUAUGAAAGUGUCAUUUCCCCCCCUUUCUGCAUACUACAGUCCAUCGGGCAGUUCUCUGUGACUAUAUAUAUCAUAUAUGUAUGCAUAUAUAUCGUGAAACAGAGCUGCCCGGUAAACUGUAGGCAGAGAGGGAGAAGAGGACAACAAUAGGAAGAGAGUAUAUGGGAAGAGAGUGAGACUGGCUUCAUGAGGUUCAUGUAUGAUUGGCGAUAUGAAGCAGCAGCUCGCACUGUGAAUAGCAAGGGGGGUAAGGAGUAGGAGUGGACUUGCAUCUCUUUACAGGUUUGGUUUUUGGAACCUCCUCCUUUUCAUGUCAUGUUUGUCGAAUAGGCUGGAUUGUUCUUUACUAGGCCUCUCUCUCAAGGGAGGUGGUAUUGAAACUCCGACCUCUCUCUGUGUCUUCCUUACAAACCACUCUCCUCGUCUCCUCGAUUGUAUACUCUCGAUGUCUAUGCUGUUUUGACACUCUUAAACCACCGCUACUUCCGAGCUGCUGCUUGUCGAGGCAGUGUCCCGAUGCGCGCCAUGAAUAACGAACCGCCAUGGGGGCGUUUUCUUCUUCGUUCGGUUGGCACCACCAAGCAUUUUGGUCCGGGAGCUCUGUUCGUCCGAAGAACCCGGAUGGUUGCACUGUCGAUACUUUGCCUGGGAAAGGUAGUGGUGGUUUAAUACGUACGAGGCAAAGCAUUGGAGGUCUCUUCUCUUUGUCUGACCACUCUGGUCACCGAGGACGAGGACGAGGACGGGAACUCGAUCGUGGGGUCUCAACUCGUGUGACACUAACUAACUAAAUGACUAAGGGGCAGAUCCCACUGGCAAAGAGGAUUGGAAUAAGUGGCAGAAUCUGGACGUGUUCCAAACAGAGGAGAUGCAGAAAAGCAGACGAAUCACAACUUUUUGCACCUCUCCACAAACACCUCCAGAUUCAGAGGCUUAUUCCAAUCCUCUUUGCCAGUGGGAUCUGGCCCUAAUGCACUGGUUCAGGGCGUGUGAUACACAAUGCCUGCGAUUCUGUGACAGACAGGAUAUUCGCUCACGUGCAUGCAUGGAUGGGCACACAUUUCAAAGAAGAUUGAGCGAAACAGGAGCACAUCAUGCUGAUGGAUUCCUGUUUUUCCGACGAACGAGGCUGUUUGUGAGCGCUUCGAGUGCCUUCACCCCACAGCUCACUCUCCCUCUUCAGAGCAGAUCAUAGUAGUAGAGUUUAUAUUCAACAAUGGAAUCCCAACCAUUGCAGAGGGCAGAGGGUGGAGUGCACGGACGAUGAGCGUUCGUUUCAUAGAGACAGAGGAUGGCAGGUGAAAGAAUGGAUAUAAUAUAAUGGCUAUUAGACCCUCCAGGGCAAUUCAAUCGGCGGUGAAGCUUGCAGACCUCAGAUUACGAUCAGUUCUACGCAGCGUGCCUACUGCAUAAGUGUACGAGGGUUCGUCAGUGUAACACGGGUGGAGGGUGGGGGGGCCCUUCCACUUGUUCUGGAUUCCAGUUCUCCCUCUGCAUUUUAUUGUUGCCUCUUGUUCGUAUAGAAGCGCACUUAAACCUGGGUUGCCUGUUCCAGAUCGAGCGCGCGUGAACCUGACUUAGAGCGCGUUCUCACACACAUUGACUUUCCUAGAUUCAUCCUACGGUAAUCUUUCAAAGUAGCUCCAGUGUGCAUAUGCCCCUGUUAGAUGUGGCCAUGGUAAUCAUAGACUUACCUAGAUUCAUCCAAUGGUAAUCUUUCAAAGUAGCUCCAGUGUGCAUAUGCCCUUGUUAGAUGUGGAUAUGGUAAUCGUAGACCGCUUGUGAAUACUUGAGUUAACUUGAGUGUAACUUGAGUUUAACUUGAGUUAAGUUAGUUAACUUGAGUUAAGUUUAGUUUAACUUG